UGUUGAUGGAUAUGCUCAGUAUCAAUGUCCCAGUUGUUACUCGUUCACAUCAGCAACUGUGACUUUGGAGCAUUUCGAAGCCCUCAAUGAAACGACUAUGUUUAGUUCAAGGUUUACUGAAAAUGAAGAAGUGGUAUGGAGGCCUGUUGAUCAUGGUUCUGGGUAUGAUGUUGAUUCUCCUCUAUAGCCUUAAAGGAAUUCAGCCACAGAAGCAGUCAGCAAAACAGUCAGCGUACAGUUUCUUCAAUAACAAUUCACCAAAUGAUUCUAUUAAAGGAAGCAGCAAUCUUCCGGUAAACUCUUCUGAUGUGGAACUGAAAAGAGUACCAAAACCAACAGAAAGGCCACAUUUGAUACAUGUUGAAGGGCUUGAUGAUCUGUUUGACGUGAACAAAUUAUCUAAAGGAGAGAUGAACGCUGUGCUUGUUUGGACUUCCUUGCAUUCCUUGCUGUCGAGGUCUGAUUCUUUGCCUGAAACAGCUCAAGGAGUUAAAGAGGCUUCUGUAGCAUGGAAAGAGUUGCUGUCAACCCUUGAAGAGGACAAAGCCUCUAAGAUUAGUAAGAUAGACAGCCCAGAAAAUCAAAACUGCCCAUUCUCUGUGACCACAAUUGGUAAGACAGUAGCGGAUAGCGGAAUCACUCUUGAUAUCCCGUGUGGUCUGGUUGUAGAUUCUUCUGUUACACUAAUUGGCAUCCCUAAUGGGCAAAACAGAAGCUUUCAGAUUGACCUUGCUGGGCAAGAGCUAGAAAAGGAGCCAAGUCCUCCAAUUAUCUUACAUUACAGCGUGAGUUUUCCUGGAGAAAACAUUACGGAGAAACCAUAUAUUGUUCAAAAUACAUGGACUGGUGAUUUUGGUUGGGGAAAAGAGGAAAGGUGUCCUGCUCGUGGUUUUGCUAACAUCCAAAAAGUUGAUGGACUUGUUCUUUGCAAUGUACAAGUUGUCAGAAGUAACAACGAAGAUAAUGUAAAUGUGGGUCAACCUACUAGUGAUAUACCUUCUAAUAUUUCCUCAGAAAGUGCACAUAGAACUGCCAAUUUCCCCUUUGCUGAGGGGAAUCCUUUCACUGCCACGUUGUGGGUUGGUUCAGAGGGAUUUCAUAUGACUGUGAAUGGAAGGCAUGAAACUUCUUUUGCAUAUAGGGAGAAGCUUGAACCAUGGCUAGUCAGCAGCAUUAAAGUAGCAGGCAGUUUAAGUCUCUUAUCAGUCCUGGCUAAAGGCUUACCUGUUACUGAAGAUAAUAAUGCAGUUGUUGAUGUUGAGAAACUGAAGGCUCCUUCUAUCCCCAGAAAAAGACUUGUUUUGUUGAUUGGAGUAUUCUCUACUGGAAAUAACUUUGAGCGUCGAAUGGCCCUGAGGAGGUCUUGGAUGCAAUAUGAGGCUGUACGUUCUGGAGAAGUUGCUGUCCGAUUUUUCAUUGGGCUUCACAAGAACAAUAGAGUUAAUUAUGAGUUAUGGAGUGAAGCUCAAGCAUAUGGAGAUAUUCAGUUAAUGCCUUUUGUUGAUUAUUAUAGUUUGAUUUCUUUAAAGACAAUUGCAAUUUGCAUUAUGGCGACAAAAAUCAUCCCUUCUAAAUACAUCAUGAAAACAGAUGAUGAUGCUUUUGUUAGGAUUGAUGAAGUGCUUUCCAGCCUCAAAGGAAAGCCGUCCGAUGGCCUCUUGUACGGUCUCAUAUCUUCGAAAUCAUCUCCUCAUAGGGAUAAAGGCAGCAAAUGGUACAUCAGUGAGAAGGAAUGGCCACAUGCUACAUACCCACCGUGGGCACAUGGUCCUGGCUAUGUCAUCUCUCGAGACAUAGCAAAAUUCAUUGUUCACGGCCACCAGGAAAGAAAACUCAAGCUCUUUAAAUUAGAAGAUGUUGCCACGGGCAUAUGGAUUGAACAGUUCAAGAAUGGUGGUAAAGAAGUGCAUUAUGUGAAUGAUGAGAGGUUUUACAAUGCUGGAUGUGAAUCAAAUUAUAUACUUGCCCAUUAUCAAAGCCCAAGGAUGGUGUUAUGCCUUUGGGAGAAAUUGCAGAAAGAACACCAGCCUGUAUGCUGUGAGUAGAUAUCAAUGUUUUUGAGUUGUAACUUUGUUGUUUCUGAGGUUUGAGCAUAUUUAAAUGUUUAGGUUAUAUGUUUGUUAUCACUAAUCAUCUUACACGUAUU